UCCCGACUUCAGAAUCCACAAAGCGAGAGAGAGAGACAGAGAUACAGAGACCGAAAUGGAAGAUGAGGUGAUAUUGUCUGUGGAGGGUUCGACCAAGUUUUCUUCAAUUCCACAGUGUAGAAUCUGCCAUGAAGAAGAAGUGAGGACUCAGCGAUUGGAAGCUCCUUGUGCUUGUUCUGGAACUGUAAAGUUUGCACACAGAGAGUGCAUACAGAGAUGGUGCAACGAGAAGGGUGACACCACUUGUGAAAUUUGUCUCCAGAAAUUCGAACCUGGGUACACGGCACCGCCCAAAAAGGCUCAUUCGGCCGAUGUAGUGGUAACAAUCAGAGGGAGCUUGGAGUCCGAGGUUCCCCUUCGACUACGGAGGCAAGAGCAAGAGCUACGUAAUCCAGGAUUAAUGGCGAUCGUCGCCGCCGAACCCGACUACUCCGAGUGUACAUCUGCCGCCGAGAGAAGCGCGUCUUGCUGUAGAUCCGUGGCCCUCACGUUUGGGGUGCUUUUGCUUUUGAGACACCUCCUUGCGUUGCUUGCUGGUGAAACAGACCACUAUGCUUUCACAAUUCUAAUACAGCUAUUUGUUCUAAGGGCUGGUGGUAUCAUCGUUCCUCUUUAUGUAAUGAUGCGAACAAUUACUGCAAUUCAAAGAAGAAUACACCGGCAGCAUCAGGACUUUGGUGCCCCUUCACCGUUCCAAGUAGAUGAAGAUGAUGGUGAUGAUGAAAAUGAAUAUUCAAACUAUACAAUCCAUACCCAAGUACACUCUUGAUGGUUUUACACCUACUUGUCAUUAUUUUUGUAUCCUGAGCACUACUUUGAUGCUCCUUUGUAAAAGAAAAAUAUUGUUUUUCAGCAAUUUGAAAGGCAAUCUUUAAACCCCCACCCCCAACCCCAAAAAAAUAAAAAAUUUGAAAAGCAACCUCUCUCUUUUUGUCUCUGGUUGCGGGCUAUAUC